UCCUGCACGAGCGCCCCGACUGUCUGCGCAAGCGUGGGAGCUGGGACAAAAUUCCUACCUUGUCCCGGGUGUCCUGGACGGGCCCCCGCAGUGUGACUGUUGCAGCUCCAGUGUGUGCCUUGAGGUAAUGAGGAGGUUUUUGUUACUCUAUGCUACACAACGAGGACAGGCAAAGGCCAUCGCCGAAGUAAUAUAUGAAAAAGCAGUUGAACAUGGAUUUGCUGCAGAUCUUCAUUGUAUUAGUGAGUCAGAUAAGUAUGACUUAAAAACGGAAACAGCGCCUCUUGUUAUGGUGGUCUCCACCACGGGCACCGGAGACCCGCCCGACACAGCCCGCGAGUUCGUUAAGGGCAUACAGGACAAGACGCUGCCGGUUGACGUCUUUGCUCACUUGUGGUAUGGACUCCUGGGUCUGGGUGAUUCAGAAUACACAUACUUCUGUAAUGGGGGAAGAAUAAUUGAUAAGCGACUUCAGGAGCUUGGUGCUCAGCGUUUCUACGACACUGGACAUGCAGAUGACUGCAUGGGUUUAGAGCAAGUGGUUGAGCCAUGGAUUGAUGGACUCUGGGCUGCCCUCACGAAGCAUUUCAUGUCCAGUAGAGGAAAGGAGAUGAAUGGAGCUCUCAAAACAGCAUCUCACGCCUCCUUGACAAGAGAGCCUGUGCAACCAGGACUAUUACACAUUGAAUCACAAGUUGAACUUCUGAGAUUAGAUGAUUCAGGACGAAAGGAUUCUGAGGUUUGGGAACAAAAUGCAGUGAACAGAGUUCAGUCAAGUGCUCCGAGUGCAGAGCCGUCACUUGCCCGUUCCAUAGCCCCGCUUUCACAAGCCUCUCUGAAUAUCCCCGCUCCACCACCAGAAUAUUUACAGGUGCAUCUGCAGGAGACUCGCAGCCAGGAGGAAAACCAAGCAUCUGUGACUUCAGCGGAUCCAGUUUUUCAAGUUCCAAUUUCAAAGGCAGUUCAGCUGACUACAAAUGAUGCCGUAAAAACCACUCUUCUGGUAGAAUUGGACAUUUCAAAAACAGAUUUUUCCUAUCAGCCUGGAGAUGCCUUCAACGUGAUCUGUCCCAACAGUGAGUCUGAGGUACAGAACCUGCUCCAAAGACUGCACCUCGUGGACAGAGGCAAGCAUUGUGUCGUCCUGGAAGUCAGGGCAGACACAAAGAAGAAAGGAGCAGCUUUGCCCCAGCAUAUACCUGAAAGAUGCUCUCUCCAAUUCAUCCUUACCUGGUGCCUUGAAAUACGAGCAGUUCCUAAAAAGGCAUUUGUGCGAGCCCUGGUGGACUACACAGGCGAUGGUGCAGAGAAGCGCAGGCUGCAGGAGCUGUGCAGCAGGCAGGGGGCCGCCGACUACAACCGCUUUGUACGUGAUGCCUGUGCCAGCGUGUCAGACCUCCUUUGCACCUUUCCGUCCUGCCAGCCCCCACUCAGCCUGCUGCUUGAACAUCUUCCCAAGCUCCAACCCAGACCAUACUCAUGUGCAAGCUCAGCUCUGUUUCACCCAGGGAAGCUCCACUUCGUCUUUAACAUCGUGGAGUUCCUGUCCACAGCGGAGGUUCUGCGGAGAGGCGUGUGCACAGGCUGGCUGGCCACGUUGGUUGCAUCAGUCCUUCAGCCAAACAUGCAUGCAUCCCAUGCAGAUGGCAGGAAAGCCCUGGCUCCUGAGAUAUCCAUCUCGCCUCGAACAACAAAUUCUUUCCACUUACCAAAUGACCCCACAGUCCCCAUCGUAAUGGUGGGCCCAGGGACUGGCAUAGCGCCCUUCAUUGGUUUCCUACAACACAGAGAGAAACUCCGUGAACAAUCCCCAGGUGGACACUUUGGAGAGACAUGGUUGUUUUUUGGCUGCAGACACAAGGAUAGGGAUUAUUUAUUCAGAGAAGAGCUCAGACAUUUCCAUAAGCAUGGAAUCCUAACUCACUUGAAGGUCUCCUUCUCAAGAGAUGCGCCUGUGGGGGAGGAGGAAGCCCCAGCAAAGUAUGUGCAGGACAGCAUCGAGCACCACAGCACACAGGUCGCAAGGGUCCUUCUUCAUGAGAACGGCUGUAUCUACAUGUGUGGAGAUGCUAAGAAUAUGGCCAAGGAUGUAAAUGAUGCCCUUGUGAGAAUUAUAAGCAAAGAGGUUGGUGUUGACAGAUUAGAAGCAAUGAAAACAUUGGCUACGUUAAAAGAAGAAAAACGGUAUCUCCAGGAUAUUUGGUCAUAAAGCCAGAAAAUAAAGGAAGAGAAUGAAGCUUUCUUGGCUCAAGUACUGAAAGACAAUUUCACCUAGUUGAGACUUCAGUUUUUCAAAUUAAACAAAAUGUUUUUAACACUUCUUAGAGGAGGUCGGAAGGAGGUGGGUCACUUAUCACCACAGGAAACAUAGAUUGGUUUCCGUAUCUGCGCUGCCCCUCCCCAGACCUCCUGAUCUGGGGGGCAGCCUCCCUGCUCCACCGGCACCCCGCCCCUUGGCCGCCUUCACAUGUCAGGGAGCUUCACGGAUACCUCAGCCUGUUCACAGGGAAUCUGUCUACUCGCCAUAGAUCGGCUCCCCUGAGAGCCCUGUGCUUGCCCUGUGGGGUAUGGGCAGGAGCCUCUGCCAGGUAGAUACAAGAACUUGUAAACUUAUGUUACUAGUUUUUAAACUAAUGUAAAAUAAUUUAUUUUUUUUAUGACAGAUACCAUAAGGAAUAGUCUUGUUAACAUACUAAAGUUGUACAUGUAUGGCACAUCCCAUUACAGGUAUAUGUAUACAGAUGCUCCCUGACCUAUGAUGGCUCCACUUGGAGUAUUUUGAAUUGACACGAUGUGAAAGUGAUGUGCGUUCGGUAGGCACUGUACUUAAAUUUUGAAUUUUGAUCUUUUCCCAACGAGUAACAUACAGUGUGAUAAUCAUGCUGCUGGGCAGCGUCAGUAAGCCAGGGGGUCCUGAGGGUCAACGACCGAUACACUGACUACCGUCUGUCAGUGCAGCCAUUUGGUUUUCACUUUGACUACGGUAUUCAAUAAAUUCCAUGAGCUAGUCAUCGUUUUACUGGAAAAGAGGCUUUACUAGAUGAUUUUGCCCAGCUUCAGGUUAAUGUAAGUUAUGAGCAUGAUUAAGGUGAGGCUGAGCUCUGGUUUGGCAGAUGCAUCAAAUGCAUUUCCAACUAUAUUUUCAUCUUGUGAGUUUUUCAGGAUGUAUUGCCAUUGUAAGUCAGGGAAGAUCUGUAUAGCUUUAUCAAGUGAUUAUUUAUUACCAAAACUGUAUUUCUGCUAAAAAAACAUUUCAAGGUCAUGCUUAUAUGGAUUUUUAAAAAAUUAUGCUAGAAAUGUGAAAUAUAUUUUGAAAUUCCAUCCCAGUAUAUGACUUAUUACCACACGUCUUUUUAAUAAUCACAAUUCUAGAAUUUAGGGAGAUUUGCAUUCAAUUAUACAGAUGAAAGCAAAUACAUAUUUUGGUAUAGCUGCAACCUUUUUUUCCCUCCCCACCACCAAAUUUUUCAUUUCUGUUCCUUUGGGGAUAUUUUUAAUUUUGUAUGUAUUUUAUCUUACCUCCAUAAUACCACUCAAGCUGUAUCCUAGGCUUAAAAUACCUACUUAAUAUCCUUAUAUUUUUAAAAUUUGUCCUAUGGUUUGCAUAUUUAUGUCCCUCAAAGUUCAUAUGUUCAAAUCCUAACCCCUAAAGUGACAGUAUCAGAAGGUGGGCCUUUAGGAAGUGCUCAAGUCAUGAAGGUGGAGCCCUCAGGAAAAAAUCAGUGCCUUAUACUUACAUGAAAAAGACCCCACAGAGCUCCCCGGCUCCUGCCUGGCAGGAGUCUGCAGUCUGCAGCCGCAGAAGGACUCCCACCACAACCUGACCUCACCGGCAUCCUGGUCGUGGACUUGCAGCUUCCAGAACUGUGAGGAGUGAAUUUCUGUUGUAUAAGCCACCAGUGUCUGUAUUUUGUUUGCACAGCCCAAACAGACUAAGACAAUUUCCAGCGACAAGUUCUCUUCCACACUUUAUUUCCUAUUUUGACAAACUUUUAAAGGGGUUUAAUUUUUCUCCUAGGCUCUAGUAUAUGUUGGCUUUUUUAAUUCAAGAGAUUGGCAUUUAAAAAAAUCUCAGCCUGGGGCAUAGAAGCCACAGGGCAUAAAUAUGCAAAGAAGUAAAAAGCUAACCUUUUCAAACAAUAAGGCUUCUCUCUCACUUACCAACUUAACAUUUCCCUGUAUGGCCCCGGAAGAUGACUGGUUAGCCAGAGACGGGUAAGAUUCCUCAAGGGAGGAACAACCUAAGACAGGCACAGUCGCAGGGGGCCAUCUGGUGAGAAAAUGGGGAGCAGCAGAGGUGAGGCUUAGAACCUUCCCCCUCAUGUUCUGAGAGAAAUCUUCUGCAUACAUGGAUGUUUAUUGCCCUCGUCUAGCUCGGAUUAACACAUAGUCUACAGGCACACACCUAAUCAUCUACAUUUGCUCUCUUACAACACUAAACUCUGUUUUCUACCUUUAUCUCGUAUCUACCUACCACUUCAGCAUUUUAUUAAAAAUAAUAAUAAUAGAGAAAUGUGGUAUCCACAUAUAAAUCAAGUUUAAAAAUCAAAUGAAUAUUCAUAUUUGAACUGUGUAUAGUUCAUAAUGCAUGAACAAAACCGAAAGCUUCUGUGAUGACUGCCCUUGCACUGUUCACCAUGUAACUUAUUCACUAUGUAAGAAUUUGUACUCUAUGUAAGAAUUUGUUCAUUAUGCAUCAGAAGAUUGGAGACUGACGAAAAUUAGGCUUGGGGUGGAUUAAUGAUUGUGCAUUGAGUAUUGACCCCCCUAUACAGAAAUUUAUUACUGUAAAUUUCUGUAAAAAAAAUUAACAACUAUUUGAUCAAUAAAUAUGAGAGAUGCCCUCACACACACACACACAAAUAUAUAUAUAUAUAUAUAUAUAUAUAUAUAUAUAUAUAUAUAUAUUUAAACACACUUCCAAUUGUAAAAUAAAUAAGUAACCGGGAUGUAAUGUAUAGCAUAAGGAAUAUAGUCAAAAUAUUGUAACAACUUGGUAUGGUGACAGCUGGUACCUAGAAUUAUCAUGUAUAUAAAUGUUGAAUCACUGUGUUGUACACCUGAAACUAAUGUAAUGCAAUACUGUUGUCAACUACCCUUCAAUUAAAAAAAAAAAAAAAAAUCUCAGCCUGUCAAAGGCUUUCUUUCUGGUCAUUAAAAAAAUUAAAAUCUGAAGGAAAUAUAAUCUAAAGAUCAGGCUUUAUGGCUAUUUAUUACAUUCUCUAAUUUCAUUAUACAGUAGGAACAAAUCUAAAAAAGGCAUAAGAAAAUAUGUCAGGCAAAUGCUCAGUUAAUAUAUAAUUACAUGGAUAUUUUGUAUAUAUCAGCCAAAAUAGACUUAAGGUAAAAACAUUAAAAGGGACAGAGAACAGUAUUCUUCCUUGUUAACUUUAACUAGAAGAUAUAAUAAUCAACUGUGUCCACCUGUCAGUACUGUCUGUGUAAGUAUGUGCCCCAAAACUGAUCGAUGAAGAGAAACUGGCUUGUCUUCAAUCAUAGUGGGUACUGGCUCCUGACCUGAUGCAUAUGUUCGUGCACACAGUACGUGAGUGUUAACCAGCUGCUCCCUCAGUCUUGCCUGCAUGUGAUAGUGGAAAUAGAUCGCAGCCCAAAUGUUGCAGCACAGAUUUAUUAAACAGUGUAUCAGCAGUCAGGCACAAGACAAUGCCUACAGCCUGUUCUGUAAACUCUGGAAGCUCCUGUGCUGUCUUUCCAGGUAGCCCCGUGGAAUGUUGCAUAAAGUGUAUUCAAAGCAUUCAUGUGGAUUCCAGGGGCAGGAUUUUGUUCCUCUUACCACCAUGUGCUGCCCUCCUACCAAGCGGCUGGAUGCAGUGUGAUUUUAGGGUUUAGCCUCAGGCACUACCCCAAGGGCCUUGCUGGAUAAAGCCUUUGACUUUGUUCCUGUGGGGGUGGGUAGUAUGGUAGUAUCUCUGAAUUAUUUAAUCCAAACUUCCUAUUUUGAUUACCACUAGUUUUAACUUCAGUUAUUCUAACAAGCCACUGUUGGAUGCAUUAUGUUAGUAGCAUAGUGUUGAACAGUGAAGACAUUAACAGAAGAGCUUGUGCUAGCUGUCUGCAACAAGGUUUUCUCGUUAGAAUGCUAACUGAACCUAGAGGAUUCUUUCUCUUUUGAUGCACCUAUGUAUCUGUGCAGAAGUAUUCUAAACUGAAUUACACCAUUAUAGUGACACACUAGUCUGUUUACUAUCAGAAAAUAAAGUAUGAGAAUUUGACCCUCACAAGUAGACCAGAUAUUAUCUGUGCUGCAUCCAAGAAACUGGGCACCACAUUGGUUCCAAAAAUAUUUGAAACAUUUUUUUCAAAUUGAUCACGAAGUAGGCUAUAAAGGAAAACAAAUUGCAUUAAAAUAAGGCAUUGUUCUCUGACCCUAAUAGAAUUUAAAAGCAACCCACAGAGGCUAUAAUGAAUUUUAAAUAUGUGCAAAUGGCAUAAGGAAGGAAACAGAUGGAUUACAAAGUAUUUAGGAUUGGUUUCUUUUAAAGUACUAACUGUACACAUGGGAUCCAGCCAGAACAAUACCUAGAAGGAAAUUUUGCUCAUCCAUUUCACAGGUACCUGUCUACUCUGCCGGGUACUGUUCAAUGUUCUGUGGAUACAGGAGUGAGCAAAAUAGAUAAAACCCCUCUGUUCUCUGGGAGCUUAGAUUCUUACAUUGAGGAGAGACAUGAGCUAAUAAGUAAAUACCGAUUAUAUGGUGUCUGAGAAGGUGAUACAGGCUGUAGAGAAAGACAAACCAGGCAUAAGGGAAUUUGCUGUGCAGUGUUGGAGGGGAUAGGCAAUCUCAGAGUAGUCUGGGAAAGCCUCACCGAGAAGGGGAAGACUUGAACAAGACAAUGGAGACUGCUGUUGAGGACAUUUUCAGCCAGAGAGGACAGUCAGCACAAAGGGCCUGAGGUAGGACAGUGGUAGGUGAGAGGAACAGGAAAGAAUUGGGGAGGUUUGCUGACACAUGGCCUCAAGGCUACUGUGGAUUUCGACCUACUUGAGUGAGUAGAAAGGCAUUUGUAGAGUAAUAUGAACAGUUUACAUUCUCUGGCUCUUGUGACUGGGGCUGAAUUGAAGGGGCCUAAGAUUGAAGCAGCAAAACCACUUAGCUCACCGUACAAAGGUCAGAUCAUCACAUUAGACUCACACAAGUCAGCAGUCUUAACCAAUUCUAAUGUUAAAUGAUAUCAAGGGUGCAGCGUGGAGAAGUCAAGGACUGCCCCUACUACCCCAGGUUCUCCUAUUUGCGUUAGGCUCUCUGACACAUUCAAUAUAAUGCGUGUGUUGCAAGUGGGGUGUCUCUUACACAAAAGGAGUUGUUUUGGUCAUGGAAUGGCCCCAUUUUAUAUGCCCAAAAUUACACAGCCAGUGUAACAUUUUCUAGAAAGCCAAGCCCAUAAAUCCAUGCAUUCUAGGUUUAUUUAUAGUGAGCACUCUAGACACAUAAAGAACAUCCUGCCCAAAGAAUUCAGAAAUUAUAUUAAAUAUAAUUAAUCCAAGUAAAAGUUUAUUAUACAAACCCACCCAUAUGAUUAAACGUUAUGUUUGAAAAUUUGGAAAACGACAUACCAUGCAAACAGAAAGUAAAUGUAGUUAAAUUAAUAUUUAAAGGAGAGACCUAAAGCAAGAAAUGAGGUGUUUUCAUAGUGAUGAGAGUCAGCUGAUGAAGAAGACAUGAAAAUCCUAAAUAUGCAUGUACUUAACAAAGCUUCAAAAUAUGUAAAGCAAAAAUCUUAAGCCAAAUCCCAAAUCAGAAUUUUUAAGAGUUUGACUCUUAAAAAGCAAGCAGACAAAAUAAUAAGCAUUUAAGCAAUUUUAAACUAGUAAUUAACAUCAUUAAUGGGACUUAGUUGUCAUAUAUAGAACACUGACACUAAUAACUUCAGAAUAGAACUUCUAGUUUAAAUAGAAUAUUUAACAAUAAUUUUCAAAAAGAUAAAAGCCAUACCAUAGGUUUUCUGAGAAUUAAACCAAAAGUCAAUAACUAAAACUAGAAUAAUUCCUAAAUAUUUGGAAAAUAAGCAACAAACAAAAUAACCCAUGUCAAAAUCACAAGUCAAAUUAGAAAAUAUUUUUAUGAAGAAAAAAAACAUGCCAAAAUUUGUAAUAUGCAGUCAAUCAGGGCUCUGAGGGAAAAUUUAUGGGUCUGAAUUCUUAAAAAAUAAAAGCUUCAAAGGCAAUGAUCUAAGCUCCAAUACUGGGGAGUUAAGAAAGGACCAGUAAAUUAAACUCCAAGAAUAUAGACAAAUAAAGUUGAGAAAGCAAUUCAAUGAAGUAGAAAAUAAUAUACAAUAGAGAAAACCAGGAAAGCAAUAAUUAAUUGUUCAAGUUUUUUCUAGUUUUAUUGUAUAAUCAAAUAAAACUGGACAUAUUUAAAUGUACAAAGUGAUGAUUUGAUAUAUGUAUACUUUGUGAAGUGAUUACCACAAGCUAAUUAACACAAAUACCACCUCACAGUUCACUUGUGUGUGUGCACAUGCACGCCGCCUGAGAUUUACUCUCAGUAAAUUUCAAGUAUAUAAUACCAUAUUAAUGAUAAUCACCAUGCUCUACAUUAGAUCCCCAGAACUUAUGUAUCAUGUAAGUGAAGGCUUGUAUCUUAACCAGCAUCUCCCCAUUUCUCCCACCCCUCCAGCCCCUGAUAAUCAAUCACCUUUCUACUCUAUUUCUGUGAGACUUUUUUUUAAGAUCCACAUAUAAGUGAGAUUAUACAGAAUUUGUCUCUGUUGGGCUUAUUCAUUUAGCAUAAUGUCCUUUAUGUUCAUCCAUAUUGUUCCAAGUGGCAGGAUUUCCUUCUUUCUCUAGGCUGGAUAAUACUCCAUUUUAUGUAUUGUUAAAAAUAAACUGAAUCUUAUUACAAAUUUAAAGCAAAAGUCAAUUCAAAUCAGGCAGCACCAGACCAGAAGUUGUUAGGAGCACUCCUCCUAUAGGAGCUAGGGCAAAAACUUUCAUAGAGAAGAUAGGGAAGCAAAGCAAGGACAUUAUUUGAUUGGCUGUGGCUUAAGUGGUUGCAUUAUUUGGGAAAGCCUAAUUAGCCAUGUGAUUGGUUGUCCUUAGGUUUUGAUUUCUUAAACUUGAAGGAUUACAGGCUAGGUUUUGGUUUGCUUACAUAGACUAGUGGGGCAUUAAAACCAUACCAGCCUAAUGGCUUCCUUGCUUAAUUCAGUAUAUACCACAUCUUUAUCCAUUCAUCCGCUGAUGGACACUUAGACCUUGGCUAUUAUGAAUAAUGCUGUAAUGAACUGGGAGUGCAGGUGUCUCUUCAGUAUAGUGAUUUCAUUUUCUUCAGAUAUAUACCUAGAAGUGAGAUUGCUGGAUCAUAUCAUAGUUCUAUUUUUAUUUUUUUUGAAGAACCUCCAUACUGUCUUCAUAGUCGCUGCACUAAUUUACAUUUCCAGAAACAGAGCACAAGGGUUCCCUUUUCUCCACAUCCUCACUUGUUAUCUUGUCUCUUUGAUAAAAGUGCUGAUGAUUAGUGCUUUUGAACACCUUUUCAUGUACCUAUUGGCCAUUUAUGUUUUCUUUAGAAAAAUAACUAUUCAGGUCCUUCACCCAUUUUAAAAUCAGAUUACUUGUGGUUUUCGCUUUGUUUUUUUUUACAAUUGAGUUGAAUGGGCUCCUUUUAUGUUUUGGAUAUGAACCCCUUAUCAGAUACAUGGUUUGCAAAUAUUCUUUCCCAUACCAUAAACUGCUGUUUUCAUUUUGUUGGUUUCCUUUGCUGUGCAGAGCAUUUUGGGUUUGAUGUGGUCCCACUUUUGCUUUUGUUGCCUGUGCUUUUGGUUUCAUAUCCAAAAAAAUUAUUACCAAGAACACUGCCAAGGAGCUUUUUCCCUAUGUGUUCUUCUAGGAGUUUUAUGGUUUCUGGUUUUACAUUUAAGUCUUCAAUUCAUUUAGAGUUAAUUUUUGUGAGUGGUAAAAGGUACCUAGUUUCAUUGUUCUGCAUGUGAAUAUCCAGUUUCCCCAGCACCAUUUAUUGAAGGGAUUAUCUUUUCCCUGUUGUGUGUUCUUCAGUUAAAGAUUACUUGACUAUAUAUGUGAAGGUUUAUUUUGGGGCUUUCAAUUCUGUUCCAUUGCUCUAUGUGUCUGUUUUUAUACUGGCACCAUACUGUUUUGAUAACUGUAGCUUUGUAAUAAAGCUUGCAUAGCUUGAAAUCUGAAGUGUGAUAUAUCCAAUUUUGUUCUUUUCAAGGUUGCUUUGGCUAUUUGGGAUCUUUUGUGGUUCCAUACAGAUUUUGGGAUUAUUUUUUCAAUUUCUGUGAAAAAUGCCAGUGGAAUUUUGAUGGAGAUUUCCCUGAACCUGUAGGUCAUUUUAGGUUGUGUGGACAUUUUAACAAUAUUAAUUCUUCCAAUCCAUGAACAUGGAAUAUUUUUCCAUCGAUUUGUGUCUCCCUCAAUUUCUUUCAUCAGUGUCUUACAAUUUUGCCAAAUUGAACAUCUUUUUAUCAUAAAAACUCUGAACAAAUUGGAUAUAGAAGGAAUGCACCUCAAUAUAAUAAGAAAAUACCCACAUAUUUGGUGUCAGUAGUGUUGUGCGUAAAAACAGUGUGGUUACCAGGCCUGGAUUGAGACACUUAUUAACAAGUUAUGUUUACAUAGGAAAAACUAAAGGAUAUUGUAUUUCUGUACCCAGACCAGAUUGUGACUAUGAAUUUAAAACUUGAAACAUGAAAAAGAAGCCGUAACCUUUAAUGAGUCUUAAACUGGGGGACGUCCUGCUCCCAAGUACAUCGCUCAACUAUCCUUUGACCUCAGAGUCCCCACUGGCAACAUGGCGAUCUCCAGCCACCUGGAACUUCUAAGGUGUACAUCUUUCUUACUCAGUGCAGGACCCUAUUUCUUUACUCCAUGGAUUUAUUUCACUGGACAUGACUUGGCUUUUAUUGAAUUUUCCUAAAAUGUAAUUGCUGAGUAGAUUAUACUUAAGUUUCACCUUUAAUCAGCCAAACUGGUAAAAUGAAAUACUGGAAAGGACAUGCAUGUUAGUAAAUUUAAACUUUAAAUUCUUCGAUCACUGUACUUUAGUGUUAUUUGGUCUGGAAUUGUGUUUUGACAUGACUGGGGACUUAACGUUUUACCAUUUAUCUGUUUUUUGAUUACAGUACUUAUUCUGAUUUACGCAGACUUUAUAAUAAAGAUUAUCUUUUUUUGUGUGUU